GCCUCAGCUGCACUCUUCCUCUCUCUCUGUGUGUGUGUGUGUGGUUUUUUUUAAGUAUAUAUCAGUCGUAGAGACCUGAACACAUCGUGGGGAUUAAGGAAUGUCUCCUCACCAUCCAGAUCCGUCACGUUCUGUGUGAAUUCUCAGACUGCUUUUGUGUUUUCUUGGAGCGAGAAAAUAGACUUAAAGGUCACAGACUGGAGAGAGGAUUUCUGGGUCCAGAUGAGAGAGUGGACGGAGUCUGAGAUGAGCUUUUCAGCAGGGGGGUAUCUCUCCACCUCGGAGAGUUACUGCUCCGCUGAGCCGCUCCAGUACUACGACAUCCUGGCCGACUCUGUGGGCUGUCCUUUGCAGGACCCGGACCUCCAGCUGCUCCCUUAUAGCCAACAGCAGUAUUUCCCUGCCAACCUGCCUUUCCCUUUCUACAGCUCCCCUCCUUCUUCCACCUUCUCGCCUUCAUCUCUGGCUUCAUCCUCUCAGCUCUGCCAUCCUCCGUACCAGUACAGCUCUCACAGCCUGGAGGGCCCCUGCGAUCAGGGCCCGGAGCCCCUGUCUUCGGGGCUGAAUCAGGGGCUGGCACCAACAGGGCUGCCUCUCGUGCGCAGGUCUCGGAUGGGGUCGGGAGGAAAGGGCAAAGGUCAGGAUGAGUUGUGCAUGGUGUGUGGGGAUAAAGCGUCGGGAUACCACUACAACGCUCUCACCUGCGAAGGGUGCAAAGGUUUCUUCAGGCGCAGUGUGACCAAAAAGGCCGUGUAUCACUGUAAGAGUGGCGGCGGCUGCGAGAUGGACAUGUACAUGAGGAGGAAGUGCCAAGACUGCCGGCUGAGGAAGUGCCGCGCUGUGGGAAUGCUGGCGGAGUGCCUUCUGACAGAAGUUCAGUGCCAAUCCAAGCGACUGAGGAAAGGAGGUAGAAACAGGGGUCAAGAGGAGGAGGACAGCGCAGACGGUCGGAGAGUCAGCUCCACCUGCCGGCUACCUGCGCAGACUCAGCCGGCCACGUUGACCCGGGAACAGAAGCACAUUGUGGACAGGAUGGUGGAGGCCCAUCAACAGUUCAGAGAUCAGGACAGCAGCAGUUACAUGGUGGGGACAUGUGCAGACGUCACGUCUGCCCGGCCAGGCGGCAUGAUCAUGCCGUUGUCAUGUCAGCAGGUGUUUGAGUGGCAGUGCGCUCUGGAAGGAGACGGCCUGCUGGAUGUUCCCACCCCACAGCUGCAAAGACUGUUGCAGUUUGCCAGAACGGUGCCGGGAUUUGACCUCCUGGAUUUCUCAGACCAGAUGAGCCUCCUGUCUGUGUCUUCGCUGGAGGUCAUGUUCCUGCUCUCUGCCCAGCAGUUCUCCAACAACCCAGCGAGCCCCACUCCAGUCUCGCAGCUUUUCAGUGCUUCCGCUUAUGGAUGGCACAGAAACCUGGACCCGAAGGAAAACCUGGACCUCAGGAUGCCGGUCAGCUCAGGAUGCAGCGAGGAUCUCCUCGGCUCGGUGCUGAACUUCCUGCACAGCAUGGCAGUGCUGCGUGUGACAGAAGCUGAGUACACUCUGCUUACCGCCACGGCUCUGCUCUGCUCAGAUCGAGCGUCCCUGCAGGCGGUCAGUGGUGUGGAGAAAAUGCAGGAGCUGAUCCUGGACCUGCUGUCCAGGGUGUGUGGGGCCCAGACCGGAGCAACAGGUCGCAGAGGGCCGCAGCGUUUCGGCCGCCUGCUGGGCAGACUGACGGAGCUGCGCACCCUCCAUCACAACUACCUCCUCCUGACAGGACAUCAGCAUGCACACUGAUGCAGACACCGUCUUCAUGUGUGAAGACAUGAAAAAGAACAUCUCUCUGUCUUUUUGAGAUCCGAGAAAUGGACCAACAAAUGACUUUUUUGGGGGGUUUUUCAUCCGACUUGCCCUUUGGUCACUAGCUUCAGAGGUUUUAGAUUGUUGUAAACAAUCUUUUUUUAAUAUGUGUUGGAAGCUGUUGCAAUAAACUCUAUCAGGACAGUUUGUUUUAUUGAACAGUUUUAAAAUAAAGUGUUGC